AUGGCGGAGCUCGGCGGCAUGCUUGCCGCUGCCAUCCUCAAGGUGGUGAGCGACCAGAUUGGUUCUGCCAUCGGUGGUCAGAUCACCCUGCAGAAGAACUUCGACAAGGAUCUGAGGAAGAUGAAAAUGGCUCUGGAAUCUGUCGAGGCCUUGCUCAAGGUUGCCGAGAGGCGGUCCAUCACUGAUGAACCGACGCUUCUGUGGCUGAAGCGGCUCAAGGACGCCAUGUACGCCAUCUCGGACAUGAUUGAUGACUUCGAGGCCGAUACAGAACCAAUCACUCAGCCGUCUCCACGGAAGUUCUCAUUCAAAAAAUAUUUGGCAAUUAUGAUCCCAUGUCUCCUAGUUGGUCCCAAGAUUACAAUGGCCAACAAGAUGGAGACGAUGAGGGAGGAUCUGGAGGUGAUAACCGAUCAACACAAGAAAUUCAGAUUAUGGGAAGACACUAAUGGUAAUGAGCCAAAGGUUACCGAUAUACGGGAAACCACGUCAAUCAUGGAGACACAGGUUGUUGGGAGGACCAAGGCGGAAGAGGAAAUAUUGGCUUCUUUAUCUGAGAACAUGCAAAAGGAGAUCACUAUCCUUCCCAUAUGUGGAAUUGGAGGCCUUGGAAAGUCAACCUUGGCAAAAAUGGUUUACAAUAAUUCCAUAUUCAAAGAAUACUCUCAGGUGUGGGUUUAUGUGUCACAGAUAUUUGAUUUGAAGAAGAUUGGCAAUUCUAUAAUAUCACAACUAUCAAUGGAAGUGAAGGAGAGUGAGUACAGUACAAUGCAGAUGAUACACAAUUGUCUUCAAAAGCUCCUUGCUGACAAGAAGAUUCUUAUUGUUCUAGAUGACCUCUGGGAGGGUGAUAAAUCUCAGCUGAAGAGUCUAAUCGAUAUGCUGCAGAUUGGGAAGGGCAGUAACGUGGUAGUCAUAGUAACCACACGUGAUGAUGCCAUUGCAGAAAAUAUCUGUACCAUCCAACCAUACAAAUUAGAACCAUUGACUGAUGAAAUGUGCUGGUCUAUAAUAAAGCAAAAGAGUGCAUUUGAAUCUAGAGAUGACAGAGAACAAUUAGAGGAGAUAGGUAAGGUCAUCGCAAUGAAGUGUUGUGGUGUGGCUUUAGCAGCUAUCUCUCUUGGACACAUGAUGCAAUCUAUGAAACCAAGUGAAUGGGAAUCACUGUGCUUUGCUUACUGUGCAAUAUUUCCAAAAGGUCACAAGAUAGCAAAAGAUGAUCUUAUUCUCCAAUGGAUUUCUCUUGGGUUCUCCACGUGGGAGCUUGGUGAAAUAUACAUUAGUCAACUUUUGGGACUCUCUUUCCUUGAACAUUCCAAGUCACCAUCGAAUAUCGAGCUAUAUGAUGAAGAUAUUACAUUGUUAACCAUGCAUGACUUAGUGCACGAUUUAGCAAGGACAGCCAUUGACAAUGAAAUUCUUGUCGUUAGCAAAGGUGAUAAUGCCCAGGGAAGCUGCUAUCACUAUGCAUUACUCGAUGAUUGUAGCAAGCCAUUGGUCCCGGAGUUAUCCAAGAUAAGGGCACUCCGUUUUAUGAAGUGUGAUAAAAGCAUAGUUCAUGAUGCUGCAUUUUCAUCCGCUAAUUCCCUGCGUGUCUUGGACUUAAGUGAGUGCAUCAUACACAAGUUGCCAGAUUCUAUUGGUGUACUGAAGCAGUUGAGGUAUCUUAACGCUCCGGGAGUCCAACACACAACGAUUCCAGAUAGUAUCACCAAGCUCUCAAAAUUAAUUUAUCUAGACAUUCAUGGAUCUCCUACAAUUAUGGAGCUACCGGAGUCAAUUGGAGAUACUGAAGGUCUGGUGUAUCUUAAUUUGUCGGGUUGUUCAGGACUUGUAAAACUGCCAGAAUCAUUCAGGAGGCUACAAAAAUUGGUGCAUUUGGAUAUGUCAAAUUGCUCCUGUGUUGGAGGCAUAUCGGUACUCUUGGGGAACCUCACACAACUCCAGUAUUUGAACUUAUCUCACUGCCAAAAAAUUGGAGAGAUGCCAAAAGCUCUGGGCGCCCUAUCCAAACUAGAGUAUUUGAACUUAUCAUUCAGCUCAUAUCUUGAAAGUUGCCAAGAAGCAGAAGUUUUGAGCACCCUGAACAAACUUGAGUAUCUGAACUUAUCAUCUUUAGAGAAGUGUGAUCUUCGAAAGAUCCCAGAAGCUUUGGGCACAUUCAUUCAACUCAAGUACUUAAGCUUGUCAGGUUGUGGGAGAAUGUCAGAACUGCCGAGGUCAUUUCAGAGUCUAAAAAAUUUGGUUCAUCUUGAUCUAUCAGGCUGUCGUAGUAUUGAUUGUCUAGAUGAAGCUUUGGCUGGUCUGUCUAAUCUGCAACAUUUAAAUUUACAUGGUACAAGUAUCAUGUUGUUGCCAAAAAAUGUGACCAAACUCAGGUAUUUGAAUGUUGGCAGCAGUGCAAUAUCGUUACCACAUUUUCGGGUGCAGCCUGGUGAUGGCCACUCUAGCAGCAACCUCGUCCUGCUACAACACAUAGAUCCUGUGGUGCUCAAGUUGACUGGACUUGAAAAUGUGAAGUCCGUAGAAGAGGCCCAGCGUAUAAAUUUGAUGGGGAAGAAAAAUCUUAAGUACUUGAAACUAGAGUGGACUCCGGAUGCUGAGAGAUUUGUGGAUCACAAAAUUUUGAUGGAAAAUCUGGUUCCACCGAGCACAUUGAUGAAGCUGGAGAUAUGUGGUUACAGCGGUGUCAGCUUUCCAGCCUGGCUAGCACUGGACCAACUGCCAAACCUAGUGCAUCUGGAUCUCACAGGCAUGGUAAACCUGAAAGAGUGGACCACGUCACACUCCAGUGGUGAGGAUCACGUGGUUAAACUGUUAGAAAUUCAUGAUUGCCCCCUGUUAAGGAUUAAACCGCUUCCACCUAAAGCUAAAAGGUGGAGGAUAUCAAACAGCGAUAAAGUGUUAUCAUCAUGGGAAGAGUGUAGUGGACCACACACCAAUGCCACCUCCUCCUUUUCUCCUGUAACUACUGACCUGUCUGUUGAAAACAGCAAGGUACCUCUGCACCAGUGGAGCUUGCUUCAGCACUUCCCUGACCUCACUGAUUUGCAUAUUAAAAGCUCAGUCGAUCUGACCGGCUCACCAGAGGUCAUCCAACAUCUCUCCUCUCUGAAGACUCUAACACUAGAAGACGAAUACUUGGAAGAGCUGCCAAAAUGGCUGAACGAGAACAAGUGGCAACUCAAAAGGCUAAGUCUGUGGGGUUGCAGCAACAUGGCAUCACUGCCGCACUGGUUAGGAGAAUUAACCUCCCUCGAACAACUUUUCCUGAUUAAAUGUCCUGUCUUGUGUUCUUUGCCAGAAAGCAUACAACAACUCACCCAUCUCAAGAAACUAACCAUUAGUGGCUGCCCUGAAUUAAAUCACUUGGGUGAAAGGGUAUGUCUCCUGCCCAGCUCUGUCGUGGAUCUUCAUAUCUACUUAUGUAAAGGUAUCAAGUGUUUGCCUGAGGGCAUGGAACAACUCACCAACCUCCAAAAACUAGAGAUUGCUAAUUGCCCUGACCUAAAGCAGUGGUGUGAAUUAGAGGAGAACAUGAUGAAGCUGGCUCACAUAAAAGAAAAGCUUAUUUACUAGGACCGUGACCUAGACAGGUUAUACCCACAGCAGGCUGCAAAAUUUAGGGCAUGAAUUACAUUGCAAGAUUUCGUUCAGGACGAUUUGGAUUCAUUGAGUUAAAGGAGGACCAUCACGCGAAGUGGAAUUGUGAUUCUUGCUUGCACUCUGGAGGGAUAUAAUUUCUACCAUAGUUUGUUCGAUUGAAAGAAAGCAUGAAUGUCAAUGUGAUGAUUGUAAUCAAACAAUUUGUAAUGUCCUGGGGCUCUGUUAGUUUGCUCCGUUUGUAACCAAACAAUUUGUAAUAUCUGUGGCAUCCAUCUUUCCUGUCCUGAUGAUUAAGAUGCAUGCAACACUCGCUCAGCACUUAUAGAGCAUGGUACUUUCUUGUGA